AUCCGUGAAAUGGGCCUAAAUUUUCCACCAUUAUAAACAUUAGGGUUUCCUCUGUCAAGCGAUCGGCAGCAGCGGAGCAACUCGAAGGGGAUUUCAGAGAGGAGAAGAGACAACAGCUGCGGCGGUGCGAAAAUGCAGAGGCCUAACAAGACCAGAAAGGAGGAGGUCGUCACCAGAGAGUACACUAUCAAUCUACAUAAACGGUUGCAUGGAUGCACUUUCAAGAAGAAGGCCCCUAAGGCCAUAAAGGAAAUAAGGAAGUUUGCCCAAAAGGCGAUGGGAACAAAGGAUGUCAGAGUUGACGUGAAGCUGAACAAGCAGAUAUGGAGUAAAGGAAUCCGAAGUGUUCCGAGGAGGGUUAGGGUCCGCAUUGCCCGAAGGAGAAACGAAGACGAGGAUGCAAAAGAGGAGCUCUACUCUUUGGUCACCGUUGCUGAAAUCCCUUCCGAGGGACUCUCAGGUUUGGGCACCACCGUCGUUGAGGACACCGAUUAGUUCAUCAUAAAAACUUUUUCGCCAUUAGAUUUCAAAAUCUAAGGUGCGUUUGUUUCGUAUGAAUAUUCUCAUUUUGCAUGUCACACUCUAGUUGAUCUUUUGUUUUGACUGUUUUUUUGUUCUAUGGUUGUGCACUUUUAUCCACCUCUUAUAUUUAUAUCUUUUUCUUUCAAGUCGGGGUGUUUUGCAUUUACUAUACUUUGUA